GGAGUAAGAGGCCAGGAUGAGUUCUCGUCGUGCAUUGAGUGUCCUUGGUCUACCUGCUCCAGUCGUCACGAAGCUACUCGACUCAGACUUCAUAUAUGAUGAUGACGUACGAGGCCUAAAACCUGUAGAACUUAGUUUAGCAUCUGGACUGACUUUGAAGGAGAGUGCUGAGGUGGUGAGGAUGUCCACAGUUUCCAGUGCAGAGCAACCGGUGUCUGUACUCCAGAUAAUUGAAGAUGAGUGUGAUGUGUCUCAUAUUGUCACAUUUUGUAAAUCUCUGGAUGAUCUACUGGGUGGGGGCAUACCUUUGUGUGCUAUUACUGAAAUAUCUGGAACUCCUGGCAUUGGAAAAACUCAACUGUGCUUACAAGCCUGUGUGUCAGUGCAGCUUCCCAGCAGUGUAGGUGGAGUAGGAGGAGAAGCAGUGUUUAUAGACACUGAAGGCAGUUUCACUGUGGGAAGGCUAAAAGACAUGGCUACCUCUGCAGUUCAUCAUGUGCAGACUAUCGGCAGUGACUGUGCUGAUUUGUCAGGCUUUACUGUUGAAUCUAUACUAAAGGGAAUACAUUAUUUUAGAUGCCAUAGUUAUAUUGAGGUUUUGGCAGUAAUAAGGCACAUACCAUUACUUCUUCAGUCUCACCCAAAAAUACAGCUAAUUGUCAUUGAUUCCAUCGCAUUUCAUUUUCGGCAUGAUUUUCCUGACAUGAUGGCUCGAACAGGAUUGUUGUGCCGCUUGACUCAAGAACUCAUCCAACAAGCAACAAAGUUUAAUAUUGCAGUAAUAGUUACCAAUCAGAUGACAACUAGGAUAGAGAGUGCAGGUUCAUCACAGUUGGUAGCAGCAUUGGGGGAAACCUGGGGUCAUUGCCCAACAUUACGACUUACUCUUCACUGGUCUGGGAGAACAAGGGUUGCUACACUCACUAAGGCACCACAUCGGAAUAAUUCAUCUGUCAGUUAUCAGGUGACGGUGGCUGGUAUAAGGGAUUUGUCCAACUUGAGUCAUGAAAAAGCAACUAGUAUACCUGAAGAAAUACCAGAGGCUAAGAAGAGGAAGCUAACUAGUGACUGAUGUUGAGGCAUCAUACAGUCAGAUAAUUAAGUCACAAUAUCAUAUAUCAUAGCUAGAACAAUUCACAGCUAACCUACAAACUAAUGAAACAUUGCCUAGUUUCAUCUCCAUUAUUUUGAUUAGAUGUGAAUCAGAUAAUUAUGGUAGUAACAUUCUACUUUAAACUUCACACAAACUUGUUUGACAAAUUAAUAACUAUAUAUCAUCCACCUGACUUCAGUUCCAUGGUGGGAAAGGGGUGGUAUCUACCCAAAAAGUAUGGCUUGUCCACACUUCUAAGUUAGGAAUUCCAAGAAAAAUGAGAUACAGUACAGUGGACCCCCGCAUAAUGAUAUUAAUCUGUUCCUGAGAGCUCAUUGUUAUGCGAAAUUAUAUUAUCGUUAUGCGAGUGAAUUUUCCCCAUGAGAAAUAAUGGAAAUCAAAUUAAUCCGUGCAAGUCACCCCAAAGUAUGAAAAAAAAAAAUUUUACCACAUGAAAUAUUAAUAAAAUAUUAAUAAAAUAAAAAUAAAAUAAAAAUAAAUAAAA